CGGAUGUGUGCCACAGACCGGCAGAUUAAACCCGACUCUCCUCAGGUCCAUAUCCCCGACAGUCUCUGAACGGAAGAACCGUGCUUCAGAUUUAGGCAGCCUUCGUCUCUUUUAAGCCUUUCCAUCGACCGGAUUUAAGCGUCUCAGUUCUAGUUUCUGCUGUGCUGUUUGUAAGGCCCAAAGGAAUGCCCAGAGAGCUCACCCAGAACAGGAUCCAAAAGAUCUGGGUUCCCACAAAGGAUGACAGACGGAGAGCAGUUGGUGCUCCCCACUUUGCCAACCCACCCACGGUCAUCGUCAUGGUGGGUCUGCCGGCUCGGGGCAAGACGUACAUGUCCAAGAAACUCACCCGCUACCUCAACUGGAUAGGCAUGCCCACCAAAGUCUUCAAUGUAGGAGAGUACCGCAGAGAAGCAGUCAAGAACUACAGCUCUUAUGAUUUCUUCAAGCCUGACAAUGAGUGUGCUGUGAAAAUCAGGCAGCAGUGUGCCUUAGCAGCCUUGAGAGAUGUCAAGUCCUAUUUGAAGGAUGAGGGCGGCCAAAUAGCAGUCUUUGAUGCCACCAACACAACAAGAGAAAGGCGAGACAUGAUCCUCAAGUUUGGGGAGGAGAACGAUUUUAAGAUCUUCUUCAUUGAGUCCUUGUGCGAUGAUCCCAAUGUCAUUGCUUCGAACAUCAUGGAAGUGAAGGUGUCCUGCCCGGACUACCGGGACUGCAACCAGACUGAUGCCAUGCUGGAUUUCCAGAAGAGGAUUGAAUGUUACAAAAAGAGCUACCAGCCUCUGGACCCUGAUCAGUAUGACAGGGAUCUCUCCUUCAUCAAGGUAAUUGAUGUGGGUCGCCGUUUUCUCGUCAACCGCAUCCAGGAUCACAUUCAGAGUAAGAUUGUCUACUACUUGAUGAACAUUCACGUCCAGCCCCGAACCAUCUACCUGUGUCGGCACGGAGAGAGCACAGACAACCUGGAGGGCAGGCUGGGCGGUGACGCUGGCCUCUCGGCACAUGGCAAGCAGUUUUCAUCUGCCCUGGCUCGAUUUGUGGAAGAGCAGCAGCUGAAGGAUCUAAAGGUCUGGACGAGCCAGCUGUGUCGCAGCAUCCAGACUGCUGAGCAUCUGGGAGUCCCGUAUGAGCAGUGGAAGGCUCUUAAUGAGAUUGAUGCAGGCAUCUGUGAGGACAUGACCUACGAUGAAGUGAAGGAGAAAUUCCCUGAGGAGUGUGCUCUGAGAGAUGAAGAUAAAUAUUAUUACCGCUACCCUGCUGGAGAGUCCUACCAGGACCUUGUGCAGCGGGUGGAGCCGGUCAUCAUGGAGCUGGAGAGGCAGGAGAACGUGUUGGUUAUUUGCCACCAGGCCGUCAUGCGCUGCUUGCUGGCCUACUUCCUGGAUAAGAGUGCAGAUGAGAUGCCCUACUUGAAGUGUCCCCUCCACACGGUGCUCAAGCUCACCCCAGUUGCUUAUGGGUGCAAAGUGGAGUCAAUCUCCCUGAAUGUGGAGGCAGUAAACACCCACAGAGAACGACCAGAGGAGGUUAAGAGGGGUCCUGGCACCUUGAUCAGGAGAAACAGUGUGACUCCUCUUACCAGCCCAGAGUCAAACAUUAAGAAACCUCGCAUUGAUGACCUGGAUGAGGCUCCCCUCCAGGAAUUGCACCUCUGCAGCCCAUCACACAUCCCCCUCUCUCUGUCUGGACAGCACUGGCUGGGCAAAGUUUGCCUAUGCACCGUCCUCCACUAUCUAAAGGUGGCUUUGCUCUUAGUCUUUCAAAGAACCUGAGCUCACCCGCUCGCCUUGACAUCCUGCAGCCCUGCCAGUGAGACGGUAUCAAUGUGUUGGAUGGAUCGCUCGGUGCAGCCAACAUCAAAGUCUCCUUCACAACCGACACAGUGAAAUAUCAACUUUUUUUUUUUUUUUUUUUUUUUUUUUUUUCAAAGUGAGGCCACAGUUUGCUGCACGUCUCUGUUCAAAACACAAUCGUUCUAUUUUCCUGAUGUCACAUCACAGUUACUUUUUCCUGUGAUUGACUCGGUCUGUGUUUUUGGAGAAUAUUUUAGACCUGCUGCAGCUCUUAUGGAAACCAGUUUCUCAUGGUUUGAUUUUGGAGAGACCAAAGACUGUUCUACCCAGAUGAAACAUUUUAUUUUAUUUAUUUUAUUUUUUUUGUUGUUUACAUUGUCAACUUUGUAGUAGUUGUACACUGGUGUUUUUCAUGUACUCAUUUUUGUUAAAUGUUUAAUUGACUUGUAUGCUGACACUACAAAAUGAGCAAUAUUUUGCACAGCGGUGAACCAUUUUGCUUCUGUUUGUCAGUAUUUAUUUUUUUCUUUUUGUGUCAAUGAUAAUGAUGGAGGUGAUUUUUGCCGUAGAGUGCCUGUAGUGCUUGUCUUGCAAGCCUAAUGCUGCUUCUCUAUCACCCCCACCCCCCUCCAGACUUGAUUCCUUGAGGCACCACAUUUCACCUAAUAACUCUACAUGUCAUCUCAAUAUUUUAUUUUAUUUAUAGUUUAGUUUCAGUGCCACAGUGCAUGCUGAUCAUUAGAGUUGUCUCUACUGAUGGGAAAUGUGGAAGUUUAUUUUCCUUUUGCUCAUUGUCUGCAACGCACAAAGUUAAGCACCUAUAAUUCUUUUCUUUUUUUUUUUUUUUUAAAGAAAAAAGUGUGCUGUUAAUAAUAUCUGUAAAUUUUAGUGUACAUAUGGUACUUGCAUAUAUACAUCUUAACAGCAUUGGAUGGGUGAUGACUUGGAACUGUUGUGGGAGACUUUUGAUGAAACUGUGUAACUUUUUGUAAUACUGUGUGACUGAAAGGAAAGCAUGAUGCCUGCAGAGAUAAAUGAAAACUGUUUUUGUUUUUUGUAAAA